AUGCGUGUCGUCGAUCAUCGCGAGGUCAAGGAGAACCAGCAGAUCGUCGCUCUACGCGAGAGACUGGUCAAGGAUGCUCGGGUAGCCGCUGCACACGCCAAGCAGCUCAAUGCUGCCGCUGCGAAGGCCAACGGCAACGGCAAGCAGCGGGAGCAGCAGGCCACUACGACACCACCUCAGUCGACGACCCAACCGGCUCAAGAUGACCCAGGGUGAGUCUUUCCAAGCUGGCCCUCUUGAGAUGCGGGCAAUAUCGGAUACUGACUGUGUUCCUGACCUCUCUAGACCGCUCGACGUGGCUCAGGCGAUCGAGCUCGUCCUCGAUACGUUAGCAUCAGCAGCCUCGACCUCGACAUCACCCGAGAACGCCCAUGCAACGACAGUAUUGGCCUAUGAUACCCUCACCUUGCUCCUGACGAGAUGCAUGACCCAAUUUCGCAACGGUGAAGCCGGUCCCAUCGUCGCCGUUUUUGACUCGCCGAUGCUGCUCCGACUCGCCGACGCCAGUUACUUGCCCUACGACUCGGGGCCUUCAGUCCUUCUGGCCAAGAUCCGAUCGGCCCUCGUCUCUCUCCUCGAUCUCGCCGAGGUCCUCGAGACUCGCAUCGUGUUCGAACAUCUCCGAGCCAAGAUCGCCGUCGCUCCCUGGACCGUCAAGAGGACCCUCAACACCUUUGACGUGCUCAUCACGCGCAAGUCGACCACCCUCGAGGACAUGGCCACUUUCAAACCUCGACCCGACGAGCCCACACCGUCGGGCAUCGUCCGCAGGUUCGCAGAAGGGAUGGCCGUCUCGGAUGAAAUGGCCUACCCUGCGGGAAGGGUCGUCACCAACUGGAACAACAAGGUUUGGGCCCUCGAGGGACAGGACCCCACUUUUUGGAUCCAACCCUCGCUUGACGUCCUCCAAUCCGCUUCGAGAUCGGCGCGGACGAACCUGUGUCUGUACCUGUUUCCCGGUAUCUUUGAAAAGCAGCGGGGUGGGUUGAAGGAGAUCUUGCAACGGGGCAGGUAUCUGCACGAGGAGAACCAAAAGACCGAGGACGAGCUGCACAUCCUUUUGGCACUGCUCAAGGUUGGUCAUCAACUCCAUCUCGUCGAAAUUGCCGAAGACACCCACGUCGAAGAUAUGCAAUCGACGGACCGAGACCCACAUCUUGUCGUCGUGCCUCAGCAACUCGUUCAAAAAUGUCUCUACCACGCCUCGGCUUCGCUGCGCACUUCGGCUUUCGCGCUCCUCGUCCUCUCAACCUCGAACCACCUCGCAAUCCCCGCUUCCAACUUUCCUCUGAUUCGAACGUUCUACAACUACUCGUUGGGUGACGAGGACGGCGAGUUCCGCAUGACGUCGAUCGCCCUCUCGGGGAAACUGCUCCUCCGUCUGCGUGACUCAGCAUGGAAGGCCCAACGCAAAGUCGACAAACUUGCCGACCCUUCCUCGAUCCAAUACGUCGGUCUCGUUCAGUCCUUCAUCACGUGGUGGACGAACAACUUGUUGGCGAAUCUGAACCCCGCUAAACCGUUCCGCAUCCGAACGAACGCUCUGAGGUUCUUGGACCUGCUCUUACAAGCCAAGCUCGAUGAACGUUUCGGAUCGACCGUUCCCCUCGUCGAAGGCAAGUCGACCGGACCCAAAGACGUGAGCGGCUAUUCAUCCUAUCGCAAAACAGCACCCACGACGAUGCCUCAUUUCCAGCGCAAGCACAAAAAGAUCGACGGCGAUUCAGCGAGCGGCAAAGCCGACGAUGGGACCUCGCCCGGUGCAUGGCCAUUCAAAGUCGAUCUCAUCAAUACCAAGACGACGUUCACGCUGUUGAGGUUGUUGUUGAGCACGUAUACCUCGUUGAGAGAAUUAUCGAUUGUGUUGUUGGAACGAUUCCCCGCCCCUUUGCCGGGGUAUGAAGGGCAGGGAGGGGGGGAGAGGGCUAAGAAAGAACUUUUGGUGCCGGCCUUGAGAAUGGUUAGGAGUGGGAGAGAGUCAGAGGCGAGUGCGGGGGCGGGGAUCGUGGGACUCGUUUGGAGAAAGUGGGUGCUUGAGGGUGAAGGAUCAUGGAAGUUGGGAGAGAUUGGGGGUUGGACCGAAAGGGAAGGUGGGAGUGCAGGUGCUCCAGGUUGUAAGUCGCUGUGGCACGAAACAAGACAUGCGAUGCGGGGCUGAUUGUACUGUUGCGUUAAUCCAUGCGCAGUCGCCUUCCUCAACAGUCUGAUGGAUCUAGCCGACGCUCAACUUGCGGCUCAUGAGGUCGAUCUUGGCCGAGCGGCUUCGACCUCUCCAAUGCACGGCACGCUCAUCGCCCUGCGCCAGUUGUUCAUCUCAAUCCCGCUCGCUUCACUGGAUCGACUCUCCUCCGUUGAAGAGAGGCGAGCUUUGUUCCAUCGCGCUCUGGCCAUUCUUGAAAGAGUUUGGAGCGUCACCUCGCCCGUCCUCGCUGCGAGUGCUCCGGAGGGCGUCACCGAAUCUCAGAAAGCGGCGGCGGAGGCGAUGGCCAUCGAUACCGAAGAAGCUCGAGCUUUGCGCUUCGAGGACGACGACAUCGAGAUGGAGGGACCCGAAGACCUUGCGGACGGUGUCGGUGGUCCGAUGCACAAGGUCAUCUUGUCCGCGACGUGGCGGGCGAUGAAGGAAGCCGGCGAGUUGCUCGAGACAAUCCUUCGAUUACCCUCGGAACUGGGCGCGGAUCCCUUCCGCUCGAUUUGGUCGUUCGAAGAGAUUCAGCACAUUGGGUCGUUGUUCGCCACGUGGCUUGCGAGAAUCCGACAUCGUGGCGCCUUCAUGGCUUUGCAUCCGUGCUAUUCGCGUGCCGCUGCUGCUCUGUUACUGUGCAAGGACUGGCCCGAGGUCAAGGCGCUCCCCGCUGCAUGGCUGCGCAUGCAUUUGGAUUCGAUCAUCUCGCAGAAAAUCUCGAUCACGCGUCGCUCGGCCGGAAUACCCUACUGCAUCGUCGGCAUUCUCAACGUCGUGCUCUCGGCGGAUCGACCGACCUUUGACGCUGCCUUCGUGCGCUUGUUCGAUGUUGCCGAGUCGACGUCGAGUGAGAUCCUGGAUGAGAGUCGCGUCCACGCGAUGAACACGCUGCGCACGGCUUUCCUGGAUUCCAAAUUGACCCCAGGUGUCGCUCCUUACAUCGAACGAGGGUUCCUCAUUUCCAUCUCCCUCUUUUGGUCCUCGAAUUGGAUCUGUCGCAACGUUGCGAUGAUGACGUACGCCGCACUCGUCACGCGAGCCUUCACCCCUCGUCGCACAAACUUGGAUCGAGACCAUGCUUCGUUACAGAUCCGAAUGAGCACCGCCGACUUUUUCAGUCGAUUCCCCUCCUUGCAUGGGGUGUUGAAAGCCGAGCUCGAGCGCUCAACCAAGGACAACCUCGACGAUUUACCGACCUCGGAUCUGCAUUCGAGUUUGUUCUCCGUCUUGAUGCUCUUGUCGCUGCUUCAGUCGCCGAAUCAGGUCGGGUCUAGCAAUGAUGCUUUGGCGGAUCCGUUCAUCAACAUUGUUCGAGCCUGUGCGACGAGUCGUGUUUGGAAGGUGAGACAUGGAAGCAAUCACUGCAUCAGCUGUGCGUCAUCUGUACUGAUGCAUUGCUUCGCCUUCUUAUGUCUGCCAAGAUCCGUGAUGCUGCUGGUGAUGCCUUAACUGGACUCGUCCAAGCCAGGGCCGUCACUUCGGUCUGCAUCGACCUGCUGGUUGGGAUUGAUACUUUGGGAGAGAACGAAACGCACGGUCGUCUCGUGCAGGUUCUUCGCUUGCUCGAGGCAGCGGCCCCCCUCUCCGCUGAAGACGGAUCGACGGUCUUCUCGCGCGUUGUAAAACUGGCGCCCGUCUUGCUCGCUCGUCAUCACUCUUUCUCUGUACGAACGGCGUACCUCAACAUCGUACGGGUCUGUGCCGUCUCGCAUGGCCAAAAGUCUAACGUGCUCCUCGACCUUGCGCACGAAGAACUUGACUCGACUCGCUCUUGGGGCCAAAGUGUCGCGCACCUACCCUCGGCCGAAAACUUCGUCGCCGCCGCCUUCUCCGUCAUACUCGUAUACGAACCUUCUCAGCCAAAUCUCCUCAUCGGUGGUCUUGCUGCUCCUUUCCUAGAGGUACAAGCUCUUGCUCUAACGCAUCUUAAAGCCCACGCUCUCCUUCACGCGAAGGUCUUGCCGAGCGUCCUCGAUAUCGCGCUUUCGGAGACGGCCGCUUCGGGGUGCCGAAUUUGGGCGAUCGAGAUCCUCACGACAGCGGAAUGGGAUCCCAAGAAUGCUCAACUGGAGGAAAUUGCUGAGCGGUUGACUCGACAGUGGGAGACGACUAAGAUCGUCCCGCUGAGGGAGGCACUGUUGCCGCUGUUGGCUAAGCUGGCAAAUCUUCGGGGUGACGAACGGCGUGCGAGGGAGGUGCUCGAGAUUAUUAGGAUGGCAUCGAAUGUUUAUGAGGUGAGUUUGAGAGACGUCCAAGUAUUGGGAAAGGAUAGACACUGACCCCAUCUUCUCGCUGUUCGCAGUCCAUCGAGUCUCGAGCGGCCUCCGCAUCCGCACUGGCCGAACUCCGCCUUCCUCAAAUCGUCCAGAGCGACCUCUUUGCUCGUCUCCUUCUCCGCCUCGUCCAAGACGACGACACGACUGUACGAGAAAAUGCCUCAACAAUCGUCACUCGCGAAUGGAGCGAUGGGUUCGCUCAAACCGAACGACGCUGCAUCGAAUCCAUCUUGCGUACCGCGGGGCCGACGACGUUGCCUCAUUCAAAAGAGGAAAUCGAGGCUGAACUGGCGUUACUUUCGAGACCGAGCUCUUUAUUGUUCGCCAUUGAAAAGCCGAACAUCUAUCAGGACGAUCUUGUCGAACCGGAACUUUACGAAGUCGUCACUCGAGAUUCGGUUGAUUCGGCGGAGGAUCUCCAAGCGAUGCUCGAGGGCCUUCGGAAAGCGCUUCAGGCGUCGCCCAAUCCUGAUGGACCGCUGGGUCUGCAGGGAAGUCAUAUCGUAUGCAAGUUGGCGUUUAGGCUGGAGAAGUCUGCGAGGGGUCAGCAGAGGUUGGAAGGCGAGGAUGCCGAGUUGAUGGUACGGUUGAGGGCGUGUUUCCUGUAG